AUGGAAUCAGGUUCUAUGAUUAAUGUAGGAUCUAGUUCCUUUGAAAAUAACAAGGAAAAGGGACAAAUCAAUACAAAUGUCGAACAAAAGGAUACCUAUUCAAUGGAUAUUGAUACCAAUCUAGGUACUGAAAGUAUUUCACCUGGUAAAGAAGAAGAUAAUGGGAUGUUUCGGAAUUUUAUUGAUUCUUUUAAGCCUAUGCCAGAAGUUGUUGUAGAUCCAAAUUGGACAGAUGAACAAAAGCUUACAUAUAGGACAGCAAAAUCACCAUUAAAACAAAAAUUGAAAAGUCGUCAUUUAACAUUUUUAGCUAUUGGUGGUGCUAUCGGUACUGGUUUAUUCAUUGGUAGUGGUACAGCUUUAAGAACUGGUGGUGCAGCUGGUUUAGUUAUAGGUUGGUGUAUUAUGGGUACUAUGAUUUACAGUAUGGUCAUGGCAUUAGGUGAAAUGGCCGUCGUCUUCCCAGUUGCUGGUAGUUUCAACACAUACGCAGCUAGAUUUAUCGAUGAAUCCUUCGGUUUUGCCACGAAUAUUAACUAUAUGUUACAAAAUUUAGUUGUUUUACCUUUAGAAAUUGUGGGUGCUUCAUUAACUGUAAAUUAUUGGGGUACUCCACAUAAAUAUAAUGAUGGGUUUGUUGCAUUAUUUUGGUUGGUUAUUGUUAUUAUAAAUUUCUUUGGUGUUAGAGGUUAUGCAGAAGCUGAAUUUGUUUUCUCAUUCAUUAAGAUUAUUACUGUCCUUGGGUUCAUUAUCUUAGGGAUUGUAUUAGUUUGUGGUGGUGGUCCUGUUGGUGGUUAUAUCGGCGGUAAGUAUUGGCAUGAACCUGGUGCUUUUGUUGGUGAAACAACUGGUCAACAAUUUAAAGGUGUUUGUUCAGUGUUUGUCACAGCUGCAUUCUCAUUUUCGGGUUCUGAAUUAAUUGGUUUAGCAUCUGCUGAAUCAAGUGAUCCAAGAAAAUCAGUUCCAACAGCUGCAAAGCAAGUCUUUUGGAGAAUUACUUUAUUCUAUAUUAUUUCCUUAACAUUAAUUGGUUGUUUGAUUCCUUAUACAGAUUCACGUUUAAUUGGUAGUAGUUCUGAUGAUGCUACUGCAUCUCCUUUCGUUAUUGCAUUGGUCACACAUGGUAUUAAAGGUUUACCAAGUGUCGUCAAUGUUGUUAUUCUAAUUGCUGUGUUAUCAGUUGGUAAUUCUGCUAUCUAUAUGUGUUCUAGAACAUUAAGUUCUUUAGCUGAACAAGGUUCCUUACCAAAAAUCUUUGGUUACAUUGAUCGUAGAGGUAGACCAUUAUUUAGUAUUAUUGUUGUCUCUCUAUUUGGUUUAAUUGCCUUCGUUGCAGCUUCAGAUAAAGAAGGUGCUGUUUUCAAUUGGUUAAUGGCAUUAUCAGGUUUAUCAUCAUUAUUUACAUGGGGUGGUAUUUGUAUCUCGCAUAUUCAAUUUAGAAGAGCUUUAAAAGCUCAAAAUAGAGGUACGGAUGAAUUAGCAUUUGCAUCUCCAUUGGGUGUUUGGGGUUCAAUUUGGGGUUUAUCGAUUAUUAUUUUAGUAUUUAUUGCACAAUUUUAUGUUGCAGUUGCACCAAUUGGUGAUAAACCAAAUGCAUCAGAUUUCUUUCAAUCUUAUUUAUCUUUCCCAAUUGUAUUAGCAUUUUAUAUUGGACAUAAAAUUUGGAAAAGAAAUUGGAAAUUAUUAAAGAAACCAAUUGAUUUAGAUAUUGAUAGUGGUAGAAGAGAAAGUGAUUUAGAGUUAUUGAAACAAGAAAUUGCUGAAGAAAAAGCUAUUCUUGCUAGUAAACCAUGGUUUAUUAGAACAUAUCAUUUCUGGUGUUGA